UGGGCACAUUUUAGAAGGGCGGAUGCUAGCAAACGUCUCGCCAAGAAUGGUCUUGGCAGCACUGGUGAUUGAAGAGACUGGAACAGGAGAAAAGGAGGAAGAAAAACAGGGGAUGGGGACAGGAGGGGGCGGGGGGAGCCCGUGCGCGACGCUGCGCGGGCCGCUGCGCGGGCCGCCCGGACGGCCGCUGUUCUGGAUCCGCUGCGUGGGCCGCAUGGCGUCUUCGCCGGGCGGCCCGCUCACGUGUUCUUCCACAAGAGGCGGGGACCGGAAGAACGAAACAAAGUUCCCCCUGCUGGUAAACCACGCUGGUGCUGCGGUUGCGCAUUAAAGUGUUUCUAGGAACUGCAAUCGCCAAGUGCCAGGCGCCACUCUCUCGGAAGGGCCAAGGCGAAGAAGAGAAAGAUGUAGGGAUACAGAUGUGUAUUGAAUUUACAUCUGCUCGCAAAUGACACCGAAACACUACGAGACGGCGCACAAUGACUCAUACUCGACCCACGGCCAGGCCCCGAAUUGCCACACAGUCGGCUCAAAACCAGUGUCCUGAAAAACCCAGCAGUGGGUCACAGUUCAUUCGCAGCUGCUUCGCAGCUGAAUCUGUACUCAAUCACGCUUGGCCCACAGCCGACUCGCAGCGGAGAGGAGGGGGGGGCAGGGGGGGGGGGGGGGGAGGGCGGAGGACGGAGGCCCGAGGAGCUGGCGAGGCACAGACGCCGCCAGCGUGCCGCACGCGCGUGAUCCGCUUGACCGAGUAGCUUUGCCUCGGGUGGACGGCCCGCCGCUCCCCCCUCGGGGGAGGCCGUGUGUGCCGAGCUCGGGUGUCCCCC